CAGAAACAACUGGACUGGAUUCAAUCUUCAUUGUUAUCGGCCUGUGCUGUUCGAUUGGGGAUCUACUCCGGCCAAGAAUUCCGCCACCCCAUCACUUCCCUGAGUUUUCAAAUGAAUUUGUCCUGCCCUUUGGUUCCCUGGACGGAGGUGGAAGCAUCCGCCCUGCGUUCAGAACUCUUCCUCAAUCUCCUAUUUCGUAUUGGUCUCAUUCCUCCAUCCCCUCAGCCUGUCCUGUACCCUCGUAUCCCGCGUGAAUGGUCCCCGGACACUUUGUACAGUGUCGCCCUCCUUUUCGGACCCAUCGACCGGAAGAGGAUCGAGUUCGAUUUGACUCGAGUCAAUAAAAUCGAAUUAGACUUCCCCUAUUCACCUAUCAAUGAACUCGGAGACGAUACGUUUUCUUUUCGUUAUUCAACCCGCAGUGAAUUCCCUUUCUGUGAUACUUGUUAUUCGUACAAUUCGGUCCAAAUGAAGCCCUUGUCAGCAGAUCCCUAUCAGCCCUAUGUAAAACAAUCCUUUGAGUCUCGGUUACUUUCAGAAAAGAUUACUAUUAGUCCUAUCAGCAUCAGCGAUUUUCAUCCUUUCGACAGUAUCAGUACAAGCAGCUCGCUACAAGUUCACAAAUGCGAAUCGACAGAUGGCGAAGAGGAAACGGAAAAAUGCGGUUGAUUGGGUUAACGGAUUGGCAAUUCCCAAUGAGCUUGUCUUUUGGAAUCUAAUGUAUGGUCGUCGAUUGGUGUUUUGAAAACGUCAGGUGCCUGAUGCUUCAUAUCUGUAAUUACUGUAAUUCAAUUUGAUGCACGUAAAAACAUAUCCUGUUUUCAGAUGAUACACGAAACCUGAAUAGUAAUUAGAAGGAACCACAUGGUAUGUGAUCAACUUCAAACCAUAGGAAUUUUUCAAAUCCCUGACAUGAGGAAUGCACUUUCAAACAUGAAUGAAGCCAUAGGAUCUCACGAGCCUAAACCCAUAAUUAAGAAUGAAACCGCAAUUGCGAUCAAUAACCAAGAAGGAAAGCCUUAUGUCGAUAGUUUCUCUCCAAACCAAUAAUCC